AUGGAGACUGGGAAAAACUGCUAUAUGUUGGGCGCAAAGGAGCUAUACAUCGCAUUGCAAGAAGACAAUGAAUGCUGGAAAUGGGGACACAUACCUGAAUCAAGGUUUGCGGAGGUGUGCAUACUUAAAAAAGUAUGCUGGCUUCAAAUUCGUGGCAAAAUAGCAUCUGUAAUGUUGUCACAAAACAGCACAUAUGUAGCGUAUCUUGUCUUUCGAACUACUAGCAAUUCUAAGGGACUUUCUGUGACAUCUAAAACUACUGUGAGUUUUAAUGGGAUAGGAAUGGUGACUGAAAAUGUGUAUCUUCAACGACCUAAGGCUUGUGAAAUAUGGCAAGAAAAUGAUGUGUUUCCUCAUAGGAGAAAGGAUGGAUGGAUGGAGAUCAAGUUGGGAGAAUUUGAGUACAACGAAGGAGAUAGUGGGGAGGUUGAGAUGACGUUUGAGGAGGUUAAGGAUUUACACUGGAAGGAGGGUCUUAUUGUGGAGGGUAUCGAGCUUCGGCCUAAAUAA